CUGCUGUUGUUAUUAUUAUUGUGGCGGGCGAGUCGGGGCGUUCUUGCGGCGGCGUCCAUGGCGGCCGGGCAAGGCGGAGGCACCACGGCCGGCGGGGGCGGCGAGGGUCCCGGCGGGCCGGCUCCGGGUCCUGUCCCCGGCCCGGUCCCCCCCAGCGCCGCCGCCGCCUCCUCCUCCUCGGAGCCCGGCUCGGGCUUCUUCGGCCUGGGCCUGCCGGCUCACCUGACGCUCUCUUACCCCGGCACGGGCCCGGCCUGGGGCGCGGCAGGCGGGUACUCGGGCUGCGGGGCCGGCGCCUCGCCGCCGCUUUCUUCCGCGGCGGCGUCGGGCGGAGCCGCCUCGUCGUCCCCUCACACCGGCCGCAGCCUUGACAAGGCCCUGGAGGAGGCCAGCUGCUCCGGCAUCCUCUGCCUCAGCGGCAGGAAGCUGCGCGACUUCCCCGCCAACGGCUCCGCCAACGGCGGUUACGACCUCAGCGACACCACGCAAGCCGACCUUUCCAAGAACAGAUUUGCUGAAAUUCCUCCUGAUGUGUGGCAGUUUGCACCACUUGAGACACUGAACUUGUAUCACAACUGCAUCAAAUUGAUCCCUGAAGCAAUCAAAAAUCUGCAGAUGCUAACAUAUCUGAAUAUCAGUCGAAAUCUUUUAUCAACCUUGCCAAAAUACCUGUUUGAUCUGCCACUUAAGGUUUUAGUUGUCAGCAAUAAUAAGCUUGUGUCCGUUCCUGAAGAAAUUGGGAAGUUGCGAGACUUAAUGGAAUUGGAUAUUAGUUGCAAUGAAAUCCAGGCCCUUCCGCAGCAAAUAGGAAAGCUGCAGUCACUUAGAGAAUUAAAUUUAAGAAGAAAUAAUCUGCAUAUACUACCUGAUGAAUUAGGAGAUCUUCCCUUGGUAAAACUAGACUUCUCUUGUAAUAAAAUCACAGAGAUACCAGUCUGUUACAGGAAGCUUCGCCAUUUGCAAGUAAUGAUUUUGGAUAACAAUCCAAUGCAGAUACCGCCAGCACAGAUAUGCUUAAAAGGCAAAGUACAUAUAUUCAAAUUCCUCAGCAUUCAAGCAUGCCUCAGAAUAGAUAAAAAGCCAGAUUCCUUGGAUUUGCCAUCUCUGGGUAAAAGAAUCCCUUCUCAGCCCCUCACAGACAGUAUGGAAGAUUUUUAUCCAAAUAAAAACCAUGGCCCAGACUCUGGAAUUGGUAGUGAUAAUGGAGAUAAAAGAUUAUCCACUACAGAACCAUCCGAUGACGACACAAUCAGCCUUCACUCUCAGGUAUCGGAAUCGACGAGGGAACAGGCGCUCAGAAAUGACAAUCAGUUACUAGGAAAUAAGCCUGAAUUGCAAAAAGACCCAGAUGUGUGUGAUUACCUUGAUCCCACCUCUGAGGAUGUGGCUUCUUGUGACCAAGGAGAUAUACAAACUGGACCAGCAGUCUGUUAUAUUAAGGAGCGAGCAAAGCAGGCUGAGAAGUCAAAGAAAACGGAACGGAAUGAAGAUUGGGGGGAUGAGAAAAGGAGUCAGAGAGAACAGCUGUUGGCAGAGGAAGAUGAUGAAUUGAAGGAAGUGACUGACCUAAGGAAAAUAGCUGCCCAGCUAUUGCAGCAGGAACAGAAGAACAGACUUCUGAAUCACUCCACCUCUGUAAGCACAAGGAACAGACCAAAACAGACUGUGGAAUCCGAAAAAAGCCUUUCAGCAGAUGAAGCAAAUUCUCCAUCAUCCCCAUACAGCUGGCAGUCACUGGAAAAUCAGAAGGACCAGUCAGAUGUGCAGCAUUGGCCAGACACGCAGCCAGUCAUCUGGCAGAAUGAGGAGAGGAGGCGGAGCAAGCAGAUCAGAAGAGAAUAUUUCAAGUAUAAGUCUUCCCGGAAGAGUUCAAGUGGAAAUGAAAAUGAAGAGCAAGACAGUGAUAAUACUAAUGUGUCCCCACAGUCUCCUGUGUCGUCUGAGGAUUAUGACAGGGCAGAUGGUAGUUCUCAUGGCCCCUUCGGAUUGAAGCCCAGAUCAGCUUUUGGCCGUUCUCGUCAGGACUACAGCACCUUAGACCCUGGAUUCACGAUGAGAAGGAAAAUGGAGCAUUUACGGGAAGAGAGAGAGCAAAUAAAACAGCUACGCAAUAAUCUUGAGUCACGGUUGAAAGUCAUUUUGCCAGAUGACAUUGGAGCAGCACUGAUGGAUGGGGUGGUCCUGUGCCAUUUAGCCAAUCACAUAAGACCACGCUCUGUUGCCAGUAUUCAUGUCCCAUCACCAGCUGUGCCUAAACUCAGUAUGGCGAAGUGCCGAAGAAAUGUUGAAAAUUUCCUUGACGCUUGCAAAAAACUGGGUGUCCCACAGGAGAGACUUUGCCUGCCUCAUCACAUUUUGGAAGAAAGAGGUCUUGUGAAAGUUGGACUCACAGUUCAGGCUCUUCUAGAAAUACCGUCGUCUAAAGCACCACAGCUUUCCUGUCUGUAAGAGGACGGUCAGAGAACAAAUGUUGCCAUAAUGUGGUUGCUACAAAUUGAUGUCAACCAGUCCAGCUUCCUCCAGAGGAACACCCCAAGCCAUCAAAAGUUGUUUCAGGCCAGGUGGUUUAGGUGGAGCCUUAUUUUGGGCCUUUGCGUAGAAUCUUGUUGUCAAACUGACAGUGACCCAGCUUAGUAAAGAAUUGUACUGCUUGUUUGCUGAACUCAGAGCCAUCAGAUUUGGAGAUCUUCAGUCCCUUGCCAGGUCUUAAUUCUCCCAUUAACACUUCAUGAAGUUGUUUU